AUGAAAUCAUUUGCUAUCCUCUUCGCCUCGGCUAUCGCCGUCUCCGCCAGUGCUGCCGUCGAUUUCCCCCAAGUCAAACGCGCCGCCGAAGCUGCCGCCGUUGCUCUUGCCGCUCCUGAGGCUGAGCCAUGCUCCGGCCCUGCCGACCUUUGCACCAUGGCCAAGCGCGCCAACGACCUGCUCCUUGAGAAGGUCGGCGAGCUCUACUCCAACUACACCACUGAGCUCGACCACGAUAUCUUCGUUGUCAAGCGUGACCCUGAGCCAGGCUUUUGUGGUCGUAUCAGGGGCCAGCCUUGCCACAAGAAGCGCGAGGCCGAGGCGGGCUUCUGUGGUCGUAUCAGGGGGCAGCCCUGCCACAAGAAGCGUGAAGCCGAAGCCGAAGCCGAAGCCGACCCUGGCUUCUGCGGUCGUAUCAGGGGCCAGCCCUGCCACAAGAAGCGCGAGGCCAUUGCAAAGGCCCAGCCCGGUUUCUGCGGCCGUAUCAGGGGCCAGCCAUGCCACAAGCUCAAGCGUGCCGCCGAGGCUCUCGCCGACGCCGCGGCGAUGCCCGGUUUCUGCGGUAACGUCAGGGGCCAGCCUUGCCACAAGGCUCGCCGCGACGUUGAGGAGGUAACAAACUACGCCAACGAGCUGGUUGACUUCGCCGAGAGAAGCGACUAA